AUGACGUUAAUAAAUUAUAUAAAACGUAUAUUUAUUCAUCCUAUAAAAUACUUAAAAAGUGAACAUUAUAAAAUGGUGCUAGUCGUAAGAUCAGACAUAACUAUGGGAAAGGGAAAGACUGCUGCUCAAUGUGCCCAUGCUGCAAUAGAAUGUUAUCGUCAAAUAUCAGCUAAUAAAAAAUAUCAAGAAAUAUAUGAAUCUUGGUUAUUGCAAGGUCAACCUAAAAUUGUAUUGAGGAUAUCUAGUGAAGAGAAACUAAUGUUAUUAGCUAAUAAUGCCCGUAAAGCUGGUUUAAUUAUUUCUAUAAUAAAAGAUGCAGGUAGAACUGAAUUAAAACCUGGUACAACAUCUACUCUUGGAAUCGGACCUGGUCCAAAACAUUUAAUAGAUGAUCUUACCUUACGUUUAAAGUUAUUAUAAAGUUAUUUAAUAAAAUUAUUUUUAUUAAAAGUGUAUAAAUAGUAACGUUAUUUAAAUAAAUCUAUAAUUGAUUUGAAACUCUUAUGUUUUAAUUAAUACUUUAUUAAUAACUAAAGCAUUGUAUUUCUAUUUAGUUUUUAUACAAGAGGAUAUCAACAAAAUGUAGUUGUUAAAAACUCUAUGUAUUAAAAAACAUACAUACAGAAUAAUUUUAAUUAGAAUAUCUUUAGUUAUCGCACUAUUUCAUAACAAUCCUGGAUGCAAGCUUAUGCCAGCAUAAUUUGCACAUUUGUUUUUUUAUUUUUGAAAGUAUCUAUCAAUAAUAGGUAUUUUCACAUAAUUAAUUUUACUCCAAAAAUAAAAUAAACAUUUGUACUAGCAACCAUGUCCAACACAAUCCUUUUUAUGAAAUAAAAAAGCAUUGCUAUGCAUAAACAAUUUUUUUAGAAUUAUUUUAUUUACAUCUUUCUUAGUGUUAGAUUUUAUUAUGAAUAAAUGUGGAGAAAAUGUUAUGGUUUUAGAACUGUUUCAUCGUUAAUAAUUUAUUUUUGUAAAUAUUAGUAUAUUAAUAUAGUAGAAUUAUUGUAUCUUGAAAUACACAUAUACACAAUUUAUGAAUAUAUUAGAUAAAUGUUUUAUUAUUUUAAUAUCUAAUUUGUUAUAAGAUUGAGCAAAUUAGUUAUAGUUGGCUAUAAGGGCAUAAACCAAUACUAA